AUGAGUUUGGAAUCAGAGGUGAGGAAUCUGACGUGCGAUUGUCCCAUUGACAGCUUCAAGCGCAGCGUGUUUCCUGCUGCAUACCUGCUCUUCUUCUUCCUGGGCCUGAUAGCCAACAGUGCCUCCCUCUGGGUCUUUCUGAGCAUGUACAGGAGGAAGAGGAGUAUCACCACAGUUAACCUGUACAUGUUGAACCUGCUGUUGUCUGACCUCAUGCUGGUGUGCUCACUGCCACUCAGGGCAGCAUACUACCUGCUGGACUCCCAUUGGCCGUUUGGGGACAUCACCUGCCGCCUGGUCUCCUACGUAUUCUAUAUCAACAUGUAUGGCUCUGUCUACUUCCUGCUGGCCCUGAGUGUCCUCCGUUACCUGGCCGUAUCGCGCCCCUAUACGUUCAUGAAUCUGGAGGGGGGAUCCUGUGGUUGGGGAGGGUGUCUACUCAUCUGGAUCUUUGUGUCCCUGGCCUCCGCACCCCUACUGAGUUCUGGGACUAUCCAGGAGGGGGAAGAGCGGACCCGCUGUCUGGAAUUGGGCAGCAGCCUUGGCACCAUCAUCGUCCUGAACCGUGCUGCCCUGGUGGUUGGCUUCACCCUGCCCUUCACUGUCAUCUCUGUCUGCUACGCGUGUGUGCUGCUCAGCUUGAGGCAGUGUAGGGCUGGGGUGGAGGGGAUGAAGAGGCCUUCCAGGAGGAAGUCUUGUGCCCUUGUUAUCCUCGGUCUCGGCAUCUUCAUGAUCUGCUUCUUGCCCUAUCAUGUAGUACGAACCUUCUUCCUGGCAGCAGAGCGGAAUGCUCAGCUAAAUGGUUGUGUGGAUUCUUGCAGCUAUCUCCAAGGUAUUCGGAAGGCCGCCGUGUUCAAGUAG